UACCUAUAUAAAGGAAGUAAAGGGCUCCUAGCAAAUUCAAAAAUUACAAUCCUUUCUCUCUUUAAUAUAGAUGGCAACUUCAUGGUUUUCAGUGUUGCUUUUGGUUUCCAUUGUUUUUAGUUGUUUCUUGGCUGCAUCAGCUGGUGAUUUUUACCAAGAGUUUGAUCUGACAUGGGGUGACAAACGUGCUGAGAUACUCAGUGGUGGGAGGCUUCUUACACUUAGUCUCGAUAAGGCCUCUGGUUCAGGUUUCAGGUCUAAAAGAGAGUACUUGUUUGGAAGAAUCGACAUGCAAAUCAAGCUUGUCUCUGGCAACUCUGCCGGCACUGUUACUGCUUUCUAUCUGUCUUCAGAAGGGCCAAACCACGAUGAGAUAGACUUUGAAUUCUUAGGUAACUUAAGUGGAGACCCAUACAUUGUGCACACUAAUGUCUACUCCCAAGGUAAAGGUGACAGGGAACAACAAUUCUACCUAUGGUUCGACCCAACAAAGAAUUUCCACACCUAUUCAAUUAUCUGGAGCCCGCAACGCAUUACUUUCAUUGUGGACAACAUUCCGAUCAGAGUAUUCAACAAUGAAGAAUCCAUUGGAGUUCCCUUCCCCAAAAACCAGCCGAUGAAGGUAUACUCAAGCCUGUGGGAUGCAGAUGAAUGGGCGACAAGAGGCGGGCUGGUGAAAACCGAUUGGUCGAAAGCUCCUUUCAAGGCGUAUUAUAGGAAUUUUAAUGCCUGCUCAUGGAACUCCGUCGGAACCGAUGUUUGGCGAACUCAGGCACUGGAUGCUACUGGAAGAAGAUGGCUCCGAUGGGCACAGAAAUACCACAUGGUUUACAAUUAUUGUGCUGAUUUGAAGCGAUUUCCUCAUGGUCGUCCCCGCGAGUGUAGGCGCUCUAGGUUCCUUUAACCGCCCAAGAAUGUUGCUUCAAUCUAGGAUUUAAUUUUGUCUAUUACUAUUGUAAAUUUGUCCUGUUUAUGGUUUAAAUUUGGAAUUCAAUCAUUUUAUUUUUUAUUUGGAAAAUAAA